UGGAGCCAAUGCAGCGAGAGAACCCAGACAAGCAUAAAGAGGGCCAGUAUAUAUGAGCAGCCUGCAGUGUUUUUGGGGGUUGUUUCACAGCAGCACAAGGUGUGCCACAGGGUUCUGGACAUGGCUCGUCUGGCGCUCUCUGUCCUCCUCUUUCUCAGCUUCUCCCUGCUCUGCUUCUGUCGACCGUCUCGCACCAGGAAAGCCGUGUCCCCUCGGCCGUCUGGAGGCGCAGCUGGAGCGGAGGAUGACGAUGUGAGGGCCCAGCUCGAGAGGUUGUGGCAGGAGGUGAACUCGCUGAAAGAGAUGCAGGCAUUACAGACAGUGUGUCUUCGAGGCAUUAAGGCUCACAGGAAGUGUUAUCUUACAAUUGAGGAACCCAAACAUUACCAUGAGGCAAAUGAAGACUGCAUUGCUCAGGGAGGAACUCUUGCAACACCACGAGACGUGAUGGAAAACAACGAACUGAGAGACUACGCGAAGCGGAGUGCUUCUGGUUCCAGGGACUUCUGGAUCGGUGUGGCUGACAUAGUGAAAGAAGGCCAGUAUGUUGAUGUCAACAGCUUGCCAGUCACCUACCUCAACUGGGAUCGCUCCAAGAAGCAGCCCACAGGAACAAAGAGGGAGAGCUGUGUUGCUCUCUCAGUAGCAGCACACGGAAAGUGGUAUGAUGAGGUAUGCCGCAGUCUCAAAAAGUACAUCUGUGAAUAUGUCAUUCCUUGAAGGUGCUGCUGAAAGGCUGAUUGAAACCAUUACAAUGUGUGAUCAACUCAUGAUGGAAACGUUUUUUUAAUAAGAUGACAAAAAUAUAUUGUAUUAAUUGCAUUAAGAGCCUUGUGAUAUCAGUAAUUUGUCAAUUUCUACAGGUGCUUAAUAGCUAUGGACAGUUUCAUAUUUAAGGUAGUUCAAAAUUCUAAACUGAUGUUUAAACAGAGAGAGAAUUUAAAAAUUCUACACGAAAUAAAGGAAAUAUUAUUAAAUUUCAACUUAUUUGUGAUGUUUUUAUUUUGUUCGUGCAUGUUUUAGAUUUUUUGACCAUCUAUUUACAGUACCAAUCAUUCCAUUGUUAUUGUACCUGACAAUGAAUCCCUUGUUACGUCUUUACUGCUGACAACUGAUAAGGAGUGUUUUUGUUUCUACCUCCUGGGUCUUUACCAUGAAACUUGUCCCGAAAUGAAUCCUGACCAA